AUGGUUUAUUAUUUUACUUCGAAUGUGGUAACGCCUUCUGCGAGUCUGUAUGCUGGCAAAGAUAAAGUCGAAAAUGAGGACCUGAUAAAAUAUGGGCUUGAAGAGGAUGUCUGGUUCCAUGCGGACAAGUUAUCGAGUGCUCAUAUCUAUCUUCGGAUGAAGGAGGGCGAGAGCUGGGAAUCUAUCAAUGAAGAGGUUCUGGUCGAUUGCGCUCAGCUCACAAAGGCCAACUCAAUCGAAGGCAAUAAGAAAGACAAUAUUACUGUGAUCUAUACGCCAUGGUCAAAUCUCAAGAAGGACGGAUCUAUGGCUGUUGGCCAAGUGGGCUUCAAAGACCCUCGAAAGGUCAAGAGAAUACUCGUCCCUCAACGAGAGAACCCGAUCGUCAAUCGCUUAAAUAAGACGAAAGUAGAGAAAUUUCCCGAUCUUGCCAUGGAGAAGGAAGAAAUCUUGAAGGCGUUGAGAAAGAAAGACCAAGCUGCAAAACUAGAGCGGAAGAAGGAAGAAGCCAAGAUAGCAAAAGAGAGGCAGGAGAAGAAGUGGCAGAAGGAUCAUGCUUAUGAUGAGAUGUUCCAGGAAGCAGAUCGCGAGGAAGCCAACAAUCAAGAUCGUGGUGAAGACUGGGAGGACGAUUUCAUGUAA